AUGCACUGGCGGAAGUCAUUGGUUCGGACAACAGUGAUGGUGUUCAAGCCACGAUUGAUGAGUGGAAACGGUACAAAUACAGCUGCACAGCGACUUGCCCUUCAACUACGUCUUCUGUCUUCAAAUCCCAACAUGACUUCACAGUACAGUCCUCGUCAGAUUGGCGCUGCCAAUACCCUCGAACAUCGUGUUUACAUAGAGCAGAACGGCUCUGUCAUUUCUCCAUGGCAUGAUAUUCCUCUUUUUGCUGAUAUGAAUAAUGGAAUCUUCAACAUGAUUGUCGAAGUCCCUCGUUGGACCAACGCUAAACUCGAGAUUUCCAAAGACGACCCCUUCAACCCUAUCAAACAGGAUAUCAAGAAGGGACGUCUUCGCUACGUUCGAAACUGUUUUCCUCACCACGGAUACAUUUGGAACUACGGUGCUUUCCCUCAAACCUGGGAAGACCCAAAUCAAUCUCAUACCGAAACCAAGGCCAAGGGUGACAAUGAUCCUCUCGACGUCUGCGAGAUUGGUGAACAAGUUGGUUACUUCGGCCAGGUGAAGCAGGUCAAGGUUCUUGGUAUUAUGGCUCUUCUCGACGAAGGAGAGACCGACUGGAAAGUCAUCGUCGUUGAUAUUCAAGACCCACUUGCUUCCAAGCUCAACGACAUUGAGGAUGUUGAGAGGCACCUGCCUGGGUUGAUCAGGGCUACCAACGAGUGGUUCAGAAUCUACAAGAUUCCAGACGGAAAGCCCGAGAACACCUUCGCUUUCUCCGGUGAAGCCAAGAACAAACGUUAUGCUACCGAGAUUAUCCAUGAGUGUCAUGAGGCCUGGCGUCGCCUCAUCACUGGAGAGUCGUCUGCUCCCGGCAUAUCUACCCGUAAUAUCACCAUUUCCAACUCCCCUGGUUUCGUUAGGAGGGAUGACCCCUCUUACACUAACAUCCCACCUGAUUCCAGGAAGGCACCCGCUCCCAUUGACCCAUCCGUCUCGAAAUGGUUUUACAUCUCCUCUGCCCAAGUCUAG